GCGUUCACAGGGCAGGGCUCCAGAAGACAAGAUAAUAAGACUGUCCAUUCACUAGCAUACACAUGUACACAUAUAGAUACAUACUUCCCCUUACAAAUAUUGUCAUUGUCAUGAAUACCUAUAUGUGUGUAAAUAUUUAAUGAAAACACGUGUGAUAGACUGAGAAAAUAAGUUUCCCGUUUCAACAAGAGGGGAUCAUCUUAUAUCCGCCUUCGCGAACCCUGCCCGGCCUUGGCUUCGGCAGACAACUGUUACGUACGCGAUCAUGAGCUAAUGUCCAUACGCUAUAGUAAAACCUUUCACCCCUACAGGAAAUGGACUGGGCCGGUCGGCGGGGUCAGCCAACUGCAACACACAUUGGGGCCACCACGCAUCACUUGACCACGAGCCUUUCGGGGCGUUCAGCAGCAGACGGCUCUUAGCUGGCGCGUUUAGUUUUUUACUAUCAGAGAAUCGCAGCUCGCCAAGUCACCGGGGCUAGACUCGGGAGAUAGAAGUUACACCAGCCAAGUGGAGUCGCCCUUAGUAUUUCAGUGAUCCACAUGUUUCAGCGCGGACACUGGCCAAACAUUUACUGUUACACAUGUGCUGAGUGACACAAUUCCUAGAAUGACCAGUCUUCGCUAACAGCUAGCCGUGUCGCCAAGCACUCCGAUUUAGUGGCAGCGGUCAAUAUACCGUGGCUCAACGGGAGUUAUUUAUAGGACUCAGGACAGCGGUCAGCAAGCCCCUCCCACCCAAUAAGCUUGGGUCACCUUAGAUGAACCCACUCCGGUAGCCGUGUAGACGGCUCGCGACUUGACGGAAGGACAGAAGGAAGAAGCUAGACAGGGAGAAAUACGGCAGGUGCGGGAAAUUGUUACCCAUGAUUCAGCUGGAAGGCCGCCAUCUUUGUUGAUACUCUUUGUCCAGAUGUAAAGCGACAAGUUCACGAUUUUAAUGUUGAGGCCAUGUCACGGCGAAAACAGGGCCGACCACAGCAGCGGAAAGCCACGGACUCAUUGGAACAGGAGAAUGACCUGCUGGUGUGCGGAGACUGCCAGGCGAACUUCCCUCUCCGGGAUAUCCUGCGCUUCAUCCGCCACAAGGUCCGGCGCUGCAACAAGGAGAACAUCGACUUGCUUGAUGGUGUCGACUUUGACGAAGACGAUGCAGACUCCGAAACUGCAGCCUUGGCAUGCAUUGGCUCUAAACGGCCCAGCAUUUCCGCCCCAAUCACUCGCAAAGAGUCGAUUGAGAGUCGCCCCUCGCCCCGCCCCUCAUUGGACUCACAGAAAGACCUCAACUUUGAUGACAAACCGCCGCCGCCCCUCCAGCACAUGGUUACAGACGAAGACGAUACAAGAGACGAGGCGAAAGAGAGAGUACCUCUGAUGCCCAAACAGGUUGUGGAUGCAGAAUCCAACACAACGUUAUCAGAACCCUCCAAGUUUGUGUGCGAGAACUGCAAAUCAACAUUCAACUCAGCAUGGACCCUGCUGCAACACGCUCAAAAAGAACAUGGUAUGAAGAUCUACACGACCCCACCUCCCCCACUAGACAUCUCAACACCAUCACCCAGACCAAGCACCGAGCAUCGAACUCCUCCUUCGGUAAUCAGCAGUGGGCCAGAGUCGCCAUUUCCACACCCAUCACCUUUCCCUCCAUUUCGCCCCCCUCUGGAGACUGUCCAGCCCCCUCACCACGGCUCACCGCUGCACAUCAGCUCGCCCCUCAGUCCCUUCAACCGUCCACCACAUGGGCUGGAUUUCCCCCUUGAUAUGAUGAACGAGCAUCACCCCUUCAGGAUGAGACCCAAUCUGAUUGGUUUGUCACCAGGGAUGGAGCAUCAUCAUCAUCAUCAUCCACCUCCUCUUCCUCCAUUCAGCCAUCCAGCAUUUGAUCCGGCAUCCAGAUCACGACUCUCAAUAGAAUCACAUAUGGAUUUUUAUUCAAAGCGAUUACAACAGCUGGCUCAUGCAACUCCUGUGAUGCAGAAGCAAGGCCCUCCAUUUACCCAGGCAGCAUCUGUACUGACAUCUUUGCAUCAGCAUCAACAUCAACAACAGCAACAGCAACAGCAGCAGCAGCAGCAACAGCAGCAACAACAACAAAAUUCACCACAGAUGCAAAGGCAAUCGCCUCAGAAUCAACAAUCGCAGCCCUCAAGACAUCAAGAAGGUGUUCAAAGCCUUCCUCAAGAUAGUAUCUCAAGACAUCUAUCUCCAAAUGCAAACAAGCCUCUCACUAACAAAGCUUGUGAAUUCUGUGGCAAGACAUUUAGAUUUCAAAGUAACCUUAUUGUUCAUCGAAGGUCACAUACAGGGGAAAAGCCAUUCAAAUGCCCACUGUGUCCACAUGCUUGCACCCAGCAGAGCAAGUUGAAACGCCACAUGAAGACACAUAUGAAUAAAUCACCUCUGUCUGGUGUCUCAGGCUCCAAUGCCUCCAACUCUGAUGGCAGUGUUCCAUCUAGUAGCAGUACACCAGAUUCCAACAAGAACAUCUUUCUAAAGCUGGAUGGUUCAGGCUUUGGAUUAGAGGAUGAGGAUGAUGAAGAGGAUGAAGAUGAAGAUGAGGAGGAGUUGAUGGAUGAGGACUUGGAGGAGGAUGAGAUUGAGGCAAUGAACGAGGAGGCCGAGGAGGAUCGGCGAGCCCAGGAGGGGCAAACCCAUCAGGUUAGUGCUGACCACAUCGGUGAGGAUCAGCAACAUCUGGCUGGGGACCACAGCAACAACGACAUGGACAGUCGCAGCAAUGAUAACCGCAGCAUAGAUAAUCGCAGUGUUGACAACCCCAGUAAUUGUUCUGACAAGGAUCAGGGGUCAACUGAUGGCAACUAUGUGAACCACAACGGCACCCCUUCAGGGGCAGGAUCUCCAGAGCUUAAAGAUAAACCUCAGACGUCCAGUUUGCUCACUGAGGUGAUGGAGAACUCUGGUUUGAAAAACAUUCAACAAUACAACGAAGCUUUUAGACAAGCUCUAGAAGAGAACAACUACAGGCAUGACAGCUCAAAGGAAUCUGACACUGAGAGAGAGAAGGAGGAGAAUGGACGAAGUAGCAGUGAGGACCUCAAGAGAGAGUACUCCCCAACUCAGAUGUCUCCCAGUGACAGAUUCCCCCUCUCUCACCCACUCCACAGUGCUUUUAGUUAUGGUAGUCCUAUCUCAGGACCAAGUCCUAUCUCAGACCUGCACCUCAAGCAUGGCAUCAAGCGAGAGCCAACCUCCGAACCCCUCAGCAACAUGGAGCUGCUAUAUAUUCCCGCUACUGGUUUCCCCCCUGCUAAUCCUCUGCGGGAUAUCUACCCUGCUCUCAACCCAUUUGGAUUGCAUAGAGAUUUUGGGAGAGAACAGAAUGGCUUCAACUCGGCAGCAGCCGAAAGUGCCUUGAAAGCUCUAGGUAUGCCAAAACCUGGCCCAAGUACACCUUCGUCUCCCGUCAAUGGCAACCCUCUUGCUCGAAAAGAUAGUCGACGGAACGAUACUUGUGAAUAUUGUGGAAAGGUGUUUAAGAACUGCAGCAAUCUGACAGUCCAUCGUCGCAGCCACACAGGUGAGAAACCGUACAAGUGCGGCUUGUGCAACUAUGCAUGUGCCCAAUCAAGUAAGCUCACACGACAUAUGAAGACACAUGGGCGACUUGGUAAAGACGUCUUUAGAUGCAAAUUCUGCAAUAUGCCCUUUUCUGUGCCAAGCACACUGGAGAAGCACAUGCGGAAAUGUGUAGAGAGCAGACAAGCAGGCCGGCUUCAAAUGACCGAGAGUGAACGUCAGGGACUUUUGUCCAACGGCGGUGAUAGCCGAUCUAGCGGGAUGAUGACCGAUAUCGAGAACCGCACAGGAGGAUCGAUGACUGAUAUCGAAACCCGCACGGCAGGAAUGAUAAACGACAUCGAGAAUCGUCCAGGACUGAUGGCUGACAUUGAUGGUCGUCAACCAGGGUAUCCAGACAUGGAUAGUCGUCGGCCGGGAUUUCCAGACAUGGAAAAUCAUCGGCCAGUUGGCUUGAUGGGUGACAUAGACACAUCGGACACCAGUAGUACCACUGCUUCAAACCUAUGAUUGCUCACUCAACGUAGAGACAUUUAUAUCAUACCUUGUUGAUUAUUGACACUAUUGUUAUUUCUUAUUUUAAGAUGUUUCUUUCUAUGGCACAAAGUAACACUGAUUAUCUAUCCAAUGAACGAUUCAUGUAUGAAACACUUGAAAAUACUCACAUUCUCCUUUCUUUCUUACUGCCAUAUUCAUGUUAAUGCUUACGAUGCUCUCUGGUUUUGGAGUCUAAAUGCCAAGUUAUACUACAAAAGUAAUCUGUCUUGUUUCCGUAUGGUUGUACAGACUUGUAGGCAUGGUUUGGGGGACGCUGUUAUAAAGUCAUAUUGCACAUGGGAGGGACCCAGCUAACCAACCACCAUUCUUGUCUGUAGAGCGAUACCAUUGAUAUUGGUACCAGUCCAACUUUAGCUGUUUGAUAACUGUUUAAAUGUUAUGCACUGCACUUCAUAUACACACGAGACAGUAAGCUGUCAAGUCACGUGACCUGUUAAUAGGUGUCCACGAUAGCCCACAUGAACGGUGUAAUCUAGCGUGUUCGAUGUUCACCAGACAGGGUCCUAUUUUAAAGUACACUCUGUAUGCCAUGCAGUGGCUGAAAUAUGUUGAAACAUUUCCAUCGCCUUGUUGUGACUUGUAUGCAUUGGUUAAGAAAGAGAUCAGCUAUUUCACAUUUAAGCAGAAAUCUUGCCAAGAAAUGUCAGUCUCCUGUGAUCCCCUUCAUGUUCAGUGAUAAGUUUCUAUAGAGCAGCUACCCACAGGAAAGGGUCCUGAAUGGUAUUGAUCACACGAUUGUUAAGUGCUGUUUAGUGUCGCAUGGAUAUCUAUAUGUUCCUAGUUUUACCAUCACAGUAAACUGUGUAUCAAAGUGCUAUGGCAUGAUUGUCUCAAUAAUUUUACUUGGUUAAUCAAUUAAGGGUUAUCCUGUCAUCCGUAAGUGCUAUUGUUAUUUUAUUUACAACUUGUUGUUUGAUAAUGCCCCUGAUUGUUAGUGCUGUUUUAAAGUUACAUAUAUGAGAUAUUGUAGAUUUUUAUGUCUUGUUUUAACUGUCUUUAUGAAUUGGCAGUGUGUAAGAACAAUGAAAAGAGUUUUGUAUGAUAAACGUUCCACUAGGGGCGUAACAAUACAAGGGUUGAGAUUGGAUAUGUAUCACAAUACAAAGAUUGCAGGAAAAUGUACCAUUUUACAAAAUUUGAAUGUUUGAAUUUUUCGUUAAUUUUUUAUGAGCACCUUUUGGUAUUCGCUUUCUAAUUAUGAAAAAUUUCGGUGUCAUUCAUGUGACGAUACAACCUUGUAAAUCACUGUUUAUCAUUGUAUUGGCAGCUGUAUGGCUGUAUUGUUCCCCCCUAGUUUCCAACAUAUUUCAGUCACACUUACCCUCCCACAGCAGCUAACAGUGCUAAGUGUUCCAAACAUCGUUGCAACAUCGUACUCAUGUGUCUGAGUGGGCCAUAUUGACUGGUGCUUUGUGGGAGUUAGAUUAUACCGUUACUAUUGUGUUAAUUAUACUAGAACCAUAGUGCCUAAGGAUUACUGUGUACAAAGAUAAUACUACUUUGGGGUUCUGGAAAACAAUGUUUUUUUAUGGCUUCGAAGAAGCCCUCGAAAUGGACUGAGUGCGUGAGUGUGGUUAUCCAAUAGUGUAGAUGUUAUAUUUUUUCUGUCUAUUCUACAGGUAGAGAAAGAUUUUACUCUUGCUUAUUACCUUAGUCAGGUAAAAUACUGACUAUAAACCCAUACCUGUGAAAAAGACUAACUUUCUGGAAAAAUAUACUAUACCUUGUUUGGCUUAAAGCUUAAUGCAGUGUCGGAUUGCCUAUAGCUUAAAAAGCUGUUUGUUCUUAAUGCUUCCAUAUGCAAAGUGAAUAUUUUCAUCUGUUUGUGUUUCCUUGUCGAAGUUUACUUGAAAAGUAGGUCUGUAGCAAGCACUUGGUCAGUGCCAUUAAAUGUUUGGCCGUACGCACUGGGGCAGCUGACGGCCUGGAGGAACAUUGGACAACUACAAGCAACACUGUGUCUGUGCAGGGGAAGAUAACACUAUAGUUGAAAACUAUUGUUUAUUGGCAGCAGAACUUGUUAAAUUGAGUUGCCUUGAAAAAAUGACAUAUGCUGAGGAUUUCGCCAAGCCUUCGCCUACGAACAGGAUUGUGCUGAUGUUGAGAGGGCAAUGUUUGUUGUGCCAGGAGUGUUAGCAAGUCCUCCAAGAAUGCCUGGACGUGAUUGGCUGGCCGCUAGCAUCGCCGCCAUCAUUGUUGUUGUUGUCAUCGACAUGGAAUUAUGGUCCUUAUGAAGCAGGGACGAGAAAUGGUGAUACUUUUUUAAUAUGCAACUACUGCCAGUUAGACUGGGAUGCGCAUAAUGAGACUUGGUCCGGGAGCAGCAAGAGUGAAACUCCUGUACUCUAAGGAUCAUGAAGGGCUGUUGAAUCCGGUGCGGUUUGUUUUGCAACUAAUAUACGGCAGCUAGUGAGCUAGAGGUGAAAGCAUGUGAGGGCUUUUAUUACACAGUUACUACUUGACAAACUUUGCAAAACUUAUCAAUUAGCAGUGUUUUAGUUACUUAUUGCAUGGUUAAUGUGUUGUUGGCGGUGCAGAUGAGCAUAUGACUACAGUUAUAGACAGUGUAUUCGCUAUUUUGUAUUGAGCUUGAAUGGCUAUAGCUGACCCUUUCACUGCGGCCUGGUGCAGUCUAAAACACCCUGGACUUCUCUGUCCGUGCAAUACGCUAUUUAUUGCAUUAUUGCAUAGUAUUCUUUGUUGGGCUAAAAGCUGAUUGGAUAAUGUCUGUUUUUUGUAUAAAUAAUUUCAGACCAGUCAAACCUUAGAUCUGUGGGAGGAAGAUGUGAAUCAUGCUUCUGGAAAUGGAAAACCAGAACUGCAAAAUUGGAGAAAGUAUUUAAAACCUUUUGCAAAUAAUGUGUUCAUGAUAGUGAUUCAACCUUCAGACAAAAAGGGUUGACUGGUUUGAUAAUUACAGUAACUACAUAAGUUAAGAAUAUUUCGGUGAAGAAUUACAAAAAAAACCUUGUUAUGUUUUCAAAAUGAACAGCAACAAUUUGGUGCCAUAUACAUGUAGUAAAUGUGCAGGAGACUAGGCUAACCAUUUGCCUACAUGGUGAUUUUUGAAUCCUAGAACACUGGUCCAGAAGCACCGGAGGAUGGAGUAGAACAAUAGACCACUAGAAAUAGUUUAUUUUUGAUGCUUUGUGUUGAUAUUUAUCAAGUUCAACUGUAGUAUCAGUCCUGAUUGGAUGUGACCACAUGAGGCGUCCUCUGUCUGAUACUACGGUUGUGUGUCCAGUCCUCUUCAUACACACUAUAAAUGUCAGUUGUGAAGCUGUGCCAUUUGGAUUUGCAAUGACAAAGACAUUGCCUGCUCCAGAAGAAUGCAGCGCCACCAGUUGUGCAGUACAAGAACCAGUGUGAUCUGUUGUCCAUUAUGAGAAUGCAGCACAAAACGCUGGGCCUCUACAAGAAUGAAGUGCCAUCUGUUGUCCACUACAAACGUAAUUUGGUCAAGAACAAGACGCAGCUUAACUUCUUGUAAAGAACACAGUGCCAUUUGUUGUCCAGUAUAGAUCCGCAGCGCCAUCGGCACUGAGAAUGAGACAGCAGUGCCAUCAGUUGUGUAUUAUGAGUCCUACACCGUCUGUUGUCCAGUUCUAGGUUGCAGUUGAUCAGUUCGAGACCGCACCUUUUGUGUAGUGAGAGGACAGUCACAUCUCUAUUAGUCACAACUCAAUUUAUGUGUAUAAGGAUUGUCCUGACUUGACCAGUUUAAUUCUGAAAACUGUUGGGUUUCGUUUUCUCCAAGUGCCAUACAUUUAUUACUCACCAGUGUAUUCAUGGCUGAAAGGGGGAUCCUUUGUUCCAAAACACCUUCCAAUGGUUCUUUUUGACGUUUGUGGGACAUUUCAUUUGUUAAAGAAAGAUUUGUAGCAAAAUGUCCGAUUUUUAAGGACUUUAAAUUCAACAAUUUCUGCGGGUGUUAUUGAUGGAUGUUUGGGAAUGAUGUAAGCUAAAGAUUGUUGUCCAUGAUGUAGCAGACUGCAUGUUCUUAAAGAUUUGUAAACAGUUUACUUCAGUAUAUCGCUGCAAGGUUCUGUUUGUUGUUUUCUAUGUGGAUUUUUAUCUUAAAAAGUAAUAAACUCUCAAACAGUUUAAGACUUUGAAAUCUAUAAUUUCAACAAGAAAGACAUUUUGUACAGUAAAUUAACUUUUCGAACUGUAACUUCAUUUUUCUAAUAUUUUACCAAUAAAACCAAUAUUUGGACAAUAUUUACCAUGUCAGUAAUGUAAAUGUCAUAUGACUGGUUUUUUUUGCUACUAAUCAAAUCUACCCAAAACGAUGUGAAAUUCUUUUGCUUGUAACUGCACAAACUCUUGUCUGUUUACAGAAUGAUCUUAUGUAUAUUUCUUUUGUAAUUCUGAUACAAUCAGACAGACUUUACUGGGAAUGUUAUCUCAUUUGAAUAGAUAUUUAAAGUGAUUUUUAAAAUUUACAGUUGUUGUACAGUUAAGACGUUGUUUGUGUUUUCAGUGUUAAGACUCGACUUUCUACGCAUCUAAUGAUUGUUACUGAUCACUGUGAGAGAGAAAUUUGAUUGAAUACAAGUGUUAAGGACAAGGUUUUUGCUACAUUUAUUACUGGCGCCAUCUUGGGAGAAUCCUUUGUAACAUUUAGUCGGAAUUUGCAUGGUUUACUUGAAAACUGAACCUAACAAUGGUAUGAAAUGUUGCAUUUUUUUCAAUAUAUUUCCCUAACCCCUAAGCUCAUCUGACCUCUUCUUUAACAUGUUGAACUUCUCUGAUACCUUCUAACUUGUAUCAACAUCAUGACACGAUUGUGUUUUUCUAGAGUUUCGCUUCCGCUGCUUCUGUAAAUGUUGCAUGUCCCGCCCCUCCCCCUGUCAGAGCCAUGGGGGGUGGGGCAGUGUCUACAAGGGACCCUGCUCCCAAUCUUGUUACAUACCAUUCAUUUGAAUCUUGAACAUUUUCAUUUGUAUACCGUGUGUAGUUUUGCUCAUGUUAUUUAGAUCCAGAUGUAACAUAGAGGGUCUUGAAACGGAUUGAAAAUGGCAUUUAAUGAAUUAUUAAUUACAAUUUGAUUCCACUGUAGUUUCGUAACUUCCAUCCUCAUUUCUCCCCCGGUCCGUUAUUCGAUGUCUCCAUACAGAGAAUGAAUAUCCAAAAUACUGCUUCAUGCAUCCAGAAAAAACAUAUCCAUUCAAACAGUUUGUUUUUCGCAUUUUUGGAAAUUGAGAAUUCUUACAAUAUACAUUUUCAAUAUCAUAGCAUUCUUAAAUCUGAAUUUCAUAGCUCAAGUAUAAGCAUGUAAAAAGCCUGAAGAUGAUUGUUUUCUGUAUGGGACAAAUAGUUAAUGUAUUACAUUCAGUGUUUCUAAUUCAUAAUAUGUAUAGUCUCCACAUCACUCUUGUGUAGUACCAUCCCAUGUGGUUAACUAACUUUGUGGAUUAUGUCCAACAGAUUGACUAACGUAACACAUUUAACAAGUUUAAUUUUAGGAUUUAACUUGAGAUAAUUGGAGAAGAAAAAGAUUUAUUGACAAAUUGUUCCACAUUCUUGGUAAUGCCAAUGUGGUUCCACAUUCUUGGUAAUGCCAAUUUGGUUCCACAUUUCUGGUAAUGCCAAUGUGGUUCCACAAUCUUGGUAAUGCCAGUGUGGCGCCACAGGUUUUGGUAAUGCCAAUGUGGUUCCACAAUUCUUGGUAAUGCCAAUUUGGUUCCACAGUUUCUGGUAAUGCCAGUGUGGUUCCACAGUUCCAAGUAAUGCCAAUGUGGUUCCACAAUUCAUGGUAAUGCCAAUGUGGUUCCACAGGUCCUAGUAAUGCCAAUCUAGUGGGCUCGGAAUGGCCCUGUGUAACAUGAGAACAUGUGAUGCUGUUGAAGAAAAGCUUGUAGUGUUUCCUAUUCCAUAUAAAGGGAUUCCGGUCUCUGAAUGUUGUAUGUUACGUGAUCUAUAGCCUCCAGCAAGUCACUUUAUGUUUUAUCUUCUGAGCAUCACAUGUUUUUCAUGCUAAUUAUAUUGUGGAAAACACCAUCAGAUGAAGGAAAAUGUCCCAUGGCUGUUAGUCUUGGCAUUGCUAAUGGUAACAUGACACCUUUUAGGCAACUACAGUGAUUAGUACUAGCAAGGGUUUUUGAUAAAGGCCAGCCAAACAUUUGUAAUUACAAAACUGAUAUGUGAAGACGUGACAUGAUCUCGCAAAGAAUUUAAACCAAGAACCUACAAAAAUGUCUCAAUAUCAAUUGCAUCAAUGUAUUUGGCCUUGGGUUAGAUUUGGAAACAUUGCUAAAUAUGAAUAACCCACAGCAUUUUAUAAUGAACAAGGUCAAAUGCACACCAGUCUCUGAAGCUAGAACUUGAUCUCAUCAUAAAUGUAUUUAAUUCUAUAUAGCAAAUCAGAGAAGUGGCUACAAUUUGAAAGUUAAUUAUAAACAGCAGAAUGCCUUUGCUUCACUGGCCUGUGCUUAAUUCAACCAGCUGAGACCAUAUUAAAGGUAAUGUUAAGAGUUUUGCUUUUCAAUUAUUGAUGUGGACUUUAAAAGGUCAGAUGUCUUUGUCUGUCUACAUUGGCCAUGAAGAAUAUAUAGAUGUGAUGUUUCCUUCACAAGAUGGUGGGUUCUUCUCUUCCUCUGAUCUCUGUUUGGUGAUCCCUGGAUGAACAGGGCAUCAUUACGAGGGUAUUGUCAAUUUGAACAAUUUAAAAAGUGUAUUUUGAAUUGUACUUGUUAUUAAACCUCACGUUUUGGCGGGAAAUACAUCAUGUGAAUUUCUGUGAUGUGGAGCUAAUCUUACUCCCUUAUAUGGCGAAUAUUAUUACGUUUUAGUACCACAACUAAUGGAGAUUUUAUGCAAAGAAAAUAUAUAUUAUUUUUCUUUAAUUCUUACGGCGUUGUUACAUCUUUUUUUAAUUUUCCCUCUUGUUUGAGAUGCAUAGUUUCUCACAUUGACCUAGAUGAAAGUGCUAAGCUGUUCUGUUCUCCUCCCUGUUUCGCUCGUGCCUUUAUUUAUGACGUGACCUGAUCGUACGUACAUGUGAUGUACUACUAUUAGACCGGCUUAAUGUACGUAUUUAUGACGUGGAUUAUCACUUGUAAUGACAGUACAUGGUACUCGUAUACUUCAAUAAAACUCUGUCCAGGACAACAAAUGUA